AAUCAAAUGCUACUCUGAUUCUCUGUUUACUAGAAUUUCAGCUUCAUUAAAAUUCUUUCUGCUCCAGGACUGUGUUGCUUAUGGCUUCCCCUUCCUCUGAACCUACUGCCAAGACUGAGGGUAGCAGUGGCAAUGAUGCUGGUGGUGGAGAAACAUCAGAAGCUAUGGGGCAUAUAGGGACUGAUCAACUGUUAUUAUAUAGAGGACUGAAGAAAGCAAAAAAAGAAAGGGGUUAUACAGCCAAGGAGCGCAUAAGCAAAAUGCCCCCAUGUACUGCAGGGAAGCGCAGCUCCAUCUAUCGCGGUGUCACUAGGCAUAGAUGGACUGGUCGUUAUGAAGCUCAUCUUUGGGAUAAAAGUACCUGGAAUCAAAACCAAAAUAAGAAAGGAAAGCAAGUUUAUUUAGGAGCAUAUGAUGAUGAGGAGGCUGCAGCAAGAGCAUAUGAUCUUGCCGCUUUGAAAUAUUGGGGUCCUGGAACUCUCAUUAAUUUCCCAGUGACAGAUUACACAAGGGACCUCGAAGAGAUGCAAAAUGUCUCAAGAGAGGAUUAUCUUGCAUCAUUAAGAAGAAAGAGUGGUGGUUUCUCCAGAGGGAUAUCUAAAUAUCGUCCGCUAUCCAGUCGAUGGGAUCUGCAAUUCGGUCGUGUGCCUGGAGCUGAUUACUUUAACAGCCUGCACUAUGGUGAUAAUGCCACAGUUGACAAUGAGUACAUCGGUGGUUUCUGCAUGGAUAGAAAGAUUGACUUGUCAAGUUACAUCAAGUGGUGGGGAGGUAAUAAAGCUCGUCAAACAGAUUCCCAUCUGAAAAUGUCGGAGGAAACAAAGGUUGGUUGUCCUGAAGAUAUUGAUAAUGAGCUUAGGGCUUCAGAAUUAUCAAUUCAGCAGACUGAACCAUAUGAGAUGCCCCGUUUGGGUGUGUACCAAGAAAAAAAGAAUCAUAAAAGCUCAACAUUGUCUGCUAUGAGCAUUUUGUCACAGUCUGCAGCGUACAAGAGUUUAGUAGAGAAGGUUGCUAAAAAGAAAGAAAAAGUUGAGAAUGAUGAGAACGAAAACAAAAGCACUAUCAACAGAGUCGACCGUGGGAAGAUGAUAGAGAAAUCAAGUCCUGAUAGUGGAAGUGAGAGGCUUGGAGCUGCAUUUCUCAAUGCUGGGGGAUUAUCUAUUAACAGAAACUUGCACCCACUUACUCCACUCCUGUCAACACCACUUCUCACUAACUACAACAUCAUAGAUCCCUUAGCAGACCCUGUUCUUUGGACAUCUCUUGUUCCUAAUUUUCAUACAGGUUCUUCACGGACUGCCGAGGUCCACAAGAGCGAAGCGAGUUCAGAUUAUACUUUAUUUCAACAAGAAGAUUAACCUCCACCUCUACAAGUGAGAUACAAACUUUCCUGUACAUGUAAGUUUGCAGUCUUGUGAAGCAUAGGCAUACACACUUAAUCUUUUGACAGGGUUUUUACUUUUGGUCCAUUAUGAACUUUAUAGGACCUAAAUGUUGUUCCAGUACUUGUAAAAUAAGUCCCUAGUUUAUUUAUCCUUUCCAAGUCGCUGCAAUGUUGCUCUAGCAAUUCCAUUUGUC